UAAUUGAGCUUGAGUUUGCAACCAAUGCUCUCCAAUAAACAUUUUUAAAAUGUUUUAUUAUGUAAACUAAAAAAGUUUAGCUGCUCAAAAGAACAUAUCAUAAAUAAAGUGUAUAUGAAACUGUUGCUGACGUUUAUCUUGUAAGACAAAAAUUCCUUUUUAUUUACUUUUGCUCAUAUAAAAAUUAAAUUUUAUAGUAGAUUGUGAUUUGAUAAUAAGAUAACAUUUACGUCGUUUACAAUUACGUAAUUGCACUGCAUUCUUAACUCAAGUGGGGUUCAAAUAUUGAAAAACAUGUACGGGAGUUUUUGAUUAUUUCAUCGUUCAAGUAUUUUUAUAUAGUCAGUUAACGAUUCCACGAAGAAUGGUUAUUUAAUUAUAGGUAUACAAACACGACAUUUAUCUACUUCUCAAGUGAUUGUCCAAUUAUUUAAAAGAAAAAUUAUUUAAGCUAAAUGAUCCACCAGCUAAAUGCUUAAUGCUAGAAUUAUGCCAAGCAUCAAGCAAACAGAUUUUCUUAUUGGAACCCACUAAUAUCACUUCAAAAUUAAAUUACUCCAGUUUACUUUUGGUAUUUUUCCUGCUUCCAAUGCUUCUCAUCCAUUUAUUGGUUAUUGUCUUAUUAAUUAUGACCACUUCAUGAACUUUCUUAAUUCGUUUUUCUGAAUAUUUCCAUAUAUCAUUAGUAAAUAGCAUAUUGUGCAUAAUUUAACAAUCUUUGAAAGAUAUAGAGUUUUGACAGGCGUUUUAAGACAAAUACAAUUGCUAUUCUGCAGCAGGUAGUCAAAUGGUUCAAUGAAAAUGUAUGGGUAUUCCCAAUCUGAAAUUUAAAAUAAGUCGUUUCAAUCCCUUAAGUUCUGACGGGCGGUCUGCAUGCUGCUCUUAUUUAUUUUAUGCUUUUGUAGAGAUAACAUCGAUUUAUUCCUAGUAAUGCGAAAGUAUUAUAUCAAUUUUAUAUUGCUUUUAAAGAGUUAGAAAAACCAAAUGCACUGACAGUGGCCAAAUUUCUACAAGAGGCUCUUCCAACAUUUUUUCUUCUUACGCUUGUUCCUGGAGAUAAUUUAUUGCUCAUUUUGUCUGAUGCGUCACCUUACAUGAAAAAGUCUGGGCAAUGUUUGAAAAUCUUUUACCCUAACUUUAAAUAGGGUUGCUGAAGAGAUAAGAAAACAUUUUCCUCUUUUAAAUAAUUUAAUUUCACACAUGAAAAAAAUCUUCCUGAAAGUGACUAUAAGGGUUCAAUUCUAUAAAGAAAAAUUACCCACUUCCACCUCAACCUAUUAUUACAAGACAAGGGGACUUCGUUGGAAACCGAUUUUUAUUGCGAGAAUUUUUGUUAUGUAAAAAAUUUAUUUCAGAAUUGUCUGGCGAAUCUUAUUGAUCUUAUUGAUGUUAAGCAAUUAUUCGAAAACUCAAAAAUAAAACAACUUUCGUUUAUAAAAACCAAUUAUAGCUUUGUUUCUAGAACAAUAUCACAAAUAUAAUUCGCCAUUAACCCGAAAAGUAAAACUGAGGCAGUCUCAGACAGGAGACAAAAUUUUGUAAUUGAACUUCCAAAAAAAUUUAGUGAUUUACUUUUUUCGUAACUAACGACAAUUUUUAUAAUAAACACAUAAUGAGGUUUACUUAAGUAUCUACGUAAAAACAUUGAAAUCUCUAUUUUCAAUGAAUCAAUAAAUUAAUAUAUGAGAAUAUUUUUGCAUAUUCUCAAAAUGUAUUUUUUCAUUCGCAUAUUUGAGAUUCCUUGAUAAUGAGAGAUAUAUUACAAAUUGGUCUACCCUCUUGUCCAUAACAAUUCUAUGAACCUUGUUAAUUUAGACUUUUCCAAGCAUUUGAUAGAGUCUACCGAUAUAAAUUGUACUGAGCACCAUUAUGUCAGUCUAGAGCAGUGGAGUAGCUACAGGGUUGCAAGUCGACAAUGAUAUUUGCUCGGCAUCUUGGAAUGUCUCGCCGAGAGUAUACUACCUGCAUUAAGAUUUAUGUUCGUAAUAUCUGAAAGACAUUUUCGAUCCUCUUUUAAACACCAAGUAGAAACGUCAUUUUGUAUAGAAGAACUUGUUGACAUAAUAAAGAAUCAUUUAGUUUCUUCAAGUUUCUCUGAAGUGUGCACAGUACUUUUAAUAUUUAUCACCAUUUCUGUGAAUACAACAAAAGCCAAGUGAUCAUUUUCAAAACUGAAAUUAAAAACUUAUGAGAAUUUCUCAUUAACACUUUUGCUGAACAUAAAGUCCGAGGAAAAGAAUUUUGUUAAUUAAAAGUGUGUACUUGAACUACAAUUGUGAUUUCAGUAAGUACACUUCUGUUCUUUGAAAUAGCCUACAAGGGAUUUUUGCAAUCUUUUAGUAGGGUAAAUUGACCAGACAUUUGUCGUCAUGUUUAACAAUAUUAAUUUAUCAGGGAAGUAUUUAAAAAAAAUCAUUAUACCAUAAUUAUUAACCCUUUCAAUUCAAACUCAAGUUAAUUAUUGAAUUAUCUGUCUUUGACAAUGACAGUAACAUUUGGUAGGAACUUCGUUUUGCAUAGGUAAAAUGUAAGUGUAUGCUUUUUCAACAGUGUACGUCAAUUAAGGUACAUUUAAUUUAAAGUGAAUUGUUAGAAAAUCAAAUUAUUAUAAAAUUUGUAUGAGUCUACUUCUCGUAGUAAUAUAUUAUUAAACUCUUACAAGUCAAAAUGUAUAAAUAAGUAUUAUAAAAUAAAAAAAUACUAUUCUUGUUAAUUCAGAUUUUUUAUAUUAAAGGGGCCCAUCCGACAAACUUGCCACGUGUCUCUAACUGUAUAGUUAUGCCACUGGUUGGAAGAAAGCGUUAUCUUUAUAUCUCUGAAGCAAACUAUAUUUUUCAUUUCUUAGAUUAAUUUUCAUGUUUUGAUAUAUUCGUUCAGGUACUAUUUCGCUGAAUGAGCAUUUUUACUACUACUCCAUUCUUGUUUUCAAUAAUUUUUAAUCUCAACAAUAUUACAUUUUACGACAUUUCCCGUUUUUUAUAUAUAAACAGUGUUUCUCCUUUUGAGAUAUUAUUUUGUUUUUUUCUUUCCGUUAUUGGUUAGCAAACAUUCACUCUACAUAUUUAAAUUCUUACCAUAAAAUGAAUGUAUUUGAUUUAGAUUUAAGAACCUCACCUCCCAAUCAUCUUCGUACUCGUGAAUAUCAAAAAAUGCUGAAUAAAUCAAUUCAUGCAAAAGCUAAAACCGCCUCUGCGUUAUAGCUAACAUAACAGUUAAAUAAAAAUUUAAAUAUAAGCAAAAUAUUACACAAUAUAAACAUUUCGAUCAGCGAAAAUCAAACACCUUAAAUUAUUCACAUACUAAUGUAGUCCAAUAUAUUUUAGUCAAACAGGAAUAUCAAUAUGAGAUAUUUGUUAAAGUUAAUAUUGUUAGUUUUAAUAAUUACGUAUGUACUUGCUGAUAUUUAUUACGAUUAUGUCGAUUCGACAAUUAGUGAUUUGGACAAAGAGUGGGAGCUUUUCAAGGAUAAAUUUAAUAAAAGUUAUUCGAAGUUUAACGAUUAUACAAGACGAAAAGCAUGGGAAGAAAAUUUGGAAAAAAUCAGAAAGCACAAUGAAGAAGCUGCUCGUGGACUUCACUCAUUUACGAUUAAAGAGAAUCAUCUAACGGAUAUGUCUAAUUACCAGUAUUUGACACACAUGAUAAAAUUAACGAAGAGCAGACAUAGGAAGGUCGAUCCAGAAGAGGUCGGAGACAUUUAUGGUUCAGUUUUGGACAUACCAUCAGAAAUUAAUUGGGUUGAAAAAGGAUUUUUAACUCCCGUGUAUAAUCAAAGAGAUUGUGGAUCUUGUUAUGCAUUUAGCAUAGCCUCAGCUAUUCAAGCUCAAAUUUUCAAAGAAACGGGAAAAUUAAUACCAUUGAGUGAACAACAAAUAGUAGAUUGCAGCUCAUCAUUUGGAAACUAUGGAUGUGCAGGAGGUUCGUUAAGGAAUACACUAAGAUACAUCGAAAAAGCUGGAGGCCUCAUGGCGUACACGGAUUACCCUUAUGUAUCAAAGAAACAAAAAUGCAAGUACAAAAAUCACCUGACUUUGGUUAAUAUUACUUCUUGGAGUGUAUUACCAGCACGUGACGAAAGAGCAUUAGAAGUUGCCUUAGCUAAAAUAGGACCUGUGGCUGCUUCAAUUAAUGCUAGUCCACAUACAUUUCAACUAUAUCAUAAAGGUAUCUACGACGAUACAUCUUGCUCUUCAAAUCAUGUGAAUCACGCCAUGCUUGUUGUGGGUUAUACUAAAAAUUUCUGGAUUCUGAAAAAUUGGUGGGGAAAGCAUUGGGGAGAAAAUGGAUAUAUGCGAUUGAGAAGGAAUAAAAAUCGUUGUGGAAUAGCAAAUUAUGCUGCCUAUGCAUUGGUUUAAUAUAAUAAUUUGUUUCACA